AUGCCCUUCAAUUAUGUGCAAGGAGAGUCCGAGAGUCUCCACGAGAAGGCCGUCCAGAAAGCUGGCUACCCCUGGGUGCGCAUCAACGAUGUCCUCCCCACGCGCAAGGGCCCAUUCGACCGAAACCAAGGCAUCGAUCGUCUACUAGCACACUCACACCACGGACCCAACACCCACCUUAUCGUCAAGGGCGAUAUAGAAUUCAACUCGCAUGACGACCCCGCCAAUAACAUCGUAAUGGGCGUCAAAAAGGGGCAAAAGGAGAUCGCCUUCAAGCCGCCCGGCCUCGUCUACUCGGCCGUCUCCAAGAGCGGCGGCAGCUUCGUCGAAGGCCACCAGUGUCUCAGUCCGCGCAGCGCUGAGCGCUACAUAGACCGCGGCACGCUUGAUGUCGCCUUUGAUGUCAAUUCUGAGAAUGACGGUGGCCAGGACUUGCCCUCUGUCGAGGUGGUGAAAGACCGGCUUGUGAAGGCGCAGUUUAAGCCGGAUACGUACCCCAUCAUGCAUUUCAACAGGUGCCCUGCAGCUACCAGAGGACAACAGGACGCGCAGAAGCAGAUCGCCCGAUGGUUCUAG